GUGGAGGAGAGCGGUGGGAGCGGGAGGACCGGCAGCCGCUGCCGAGCGGACGGAGGGAAGGGAUGCUGCAGGCAGCGCCCCGCCCGGCCCGGCCCAGCCCCGAGCCACAGCGAGAGGAGCCGCCCGGGGGCCGGGGAGGCGAUUGGCGGGCCGGGCCGCUCAUCACCGCCCCCCGCUUCCUGACCAGCCCCGGAAGCCGGCGGGCGCGGGGGGCGGGGGGCAGCGGCAGCGGCAGCCCAGCCCUCCGAGACGGCAGGAAGGGUGGGAGGGAGCCGGGGACAACCCCCUCCGUUCCUACCGCCAUGGGCCCUGCCUCCCACUCGCACCUCCCCUCCAUCGGCCGGGGCUAGGAGACCCCCAAGUCCUGUCGCCCCCUUGGCACCGACACCCCGAACGAGGCAGAGACACAGCCACCCGCCACCACCGCUGCCGCAGCCUGGCCGGGGAGGGGGCCAGCCCCCAGGCUCUCCUCCCCGCUGAGGUGACCAGAAUGGACCUGUGGCCAGGGGCAUGGACGGUGCUGCUGCUGCUCUUCCUACUGCUGCUCUUCCUGCUGCCCACGCUGUGGUUCUGCAGCCCCAGUGCCAAGUACUUCUUCAAGAUGGCCUUCUACAACGGCUGGAUCCUCUUCCUGGCUGUGCUCGCCAUCCCCGUGUGUGCCGUGCGAGGACGCAAUGUCGAGAACAUGAAGAUCUUGCGUCUGAUGCUGCUCCACAUCAAGUACCUGUACGGGAUCCGCGUGGAGGUCCGUGGGGCUCACCACUUCCCUCCCUCACAGCCCUACGUCGUGGUCUCCAACCACCAGAGCUCCCUCGACCUGCUUGGGAUGAUGGAGGUACUGCCCGGCCGAUGUGUGCCCAUCGCCAAGCGGGAGCUGCUUUGGGCUGGCUCUGCCGGGCUGGCCUGCUGGCUGGCUGGAGUCAUCUUCAUCGACCGGAAGCGCACUGGGGAUGCCAUCAGUGUCAUGUCUGAGGUCGCCCAGACCCUGCUCUCCCAGGACGUGCGGGUCUGGGUUUUUCCUGAGGGCACCAGAAACCACAAUGGCUCCAUGCUGCCCUUCAAACGCGGCGCCUUCCACCUGGCAGUGCAGGCCCAGGUUCCCAUUGUCCCCAUCGUCAUGUCCUCCUAUCAAGACUUCUACUGCAAAAAGGAGCGCCGCUUCACUUCGGGGCGAUGUCAGGUCCGGGUGCUGCCGCCAGUGCCCACAGAAGGGCUGACACCAGAUGACGUCCCAGCUCUGGCCGACAGAGUCCGGCAUUCCAUGCUCACCAUUUUCCGGGAAAUCUCCACUGACGGCAGGGGUGGUGGCGACUGUCUGAAGAAGCCUGGCGUCAGCGAGGCCGGGCUCUGAGUUCCCUCCACCUCCCCCUCCACACGCCUGCCAGCCAGUGGGUUCUGACGCAGGACCAAGCCCUCUUCCUCGUCCCCUCUCCCUACUCAGUCUCCUCUUUGGAGUCUUCAACUUCUGAAGUGAAUGUCUCUGCCCCUUCCCAGCUCCCCCCAUGGACUCUUGCCUUGGUGCAGUCUCCACUCCGACCCUCCCCACCUCCUGCACCAUGAGUCUGUGGGACGGUUGCCUCCCGCUCAUCCCCAGUGCUCAGCCUCCAGGCGAUGGGAGCACUCCAUCCUGUCCCAGGGGACCUCCUUCCUGUGUGGUCUCUCCCUCUCCCCCGACAUUGGCCAGUGGACUCAUCCUUCUGUGGAACAGCUCCCCCCACCUCCACCCCAUGGAUUCAGCGGGCUCAUCCGUCUGCCAGGAGGACUCCUCUUGCUGUGCCUGGAAGCUGGUGCCUGGAACACCCCCCAGGCUCCUCCUGGGAACACUCCUCAGCAACUCCACCCUCCCUCCCACGGAGCCUCCGUCAGGGGAGGCUGGACUCUUCUCACUCCGAGGUCUCAUUCCUGCCGGGCCCAGGUGCCCAGGACUGAGCAACCCCUGGAUGCCAGUUCGGUCUUCACAUUUCUGCUUCCCCUGUUCCCGUCCCCUCCGCCCUGGGGCACAUUCUGGAGACGGGAAGUGCACCGCAGGGGCCGCACUCGGGCUCCCUGGCUGGAGGGGAUGGAGGGCUUUUAAUUUAUUUCUUUCGUUGGAGGUUUCCCCCCCUUUGAGCCAGUUUUCAUUUCCUCCCUGUGGCAUUAGCCUCCCAUCCUCCCAUCCCAGACCUGUGCCUACAACAGGGAGGGGCUGGGAGCAAAGGAGGAGGGUGGGACUCCGUUUUUCAUGGUUGUUUUUAUUAAUUAUCUGGAUAACAGCAAGGAACCAAGAAUAAAGAUUGCGAGAUCUGGA